AUGAACGGACUUCUCCUUCCCACUGGCUCAAAGCAGCCCUUGCGGGGCGACACCGCCCAGCCCAUCUCUCCGCCUCCUCAAGGCAAAGCCGAGCCUCACGCCAAGACGGAACCUUUGUCUCCGACAAGCAUCGGUUCAGCAUCCUAUGGCUUCGGAAACAUCGCAAGCAGCUCCAAAGCGUCUCUGACUUCCCCAGUAUCGCACACGAGCGCUUCUGCAAAAAUCAGUCAUGGCCGCGCAGGCCUCCGCAGCCCUUCGUCAUCGAGAGGUGCAGCAGUUUCGCUCGCCUUCAUCCCCAAGACAUCCCGCAAUUCGAAUGCAGUGCAGAAGCCAAUACAUAUGUGUUCCGAAUUCGAACUCGAGCAAAGGCUGGACCGCAACGAACGCCUCCUCUCGGCGCUAGAGACGACACAGACCCCUACCAAGGACCGGCUUCGCGCGGAGACGGACGCUAUCCGCGAUGCGAUUCUGUCGAUACGUGCGAUGCGGGACGUCAACGACGGCGUCUCGUCCGUGCAGCUCGUCGAUCCUUCUAAAGAGGCUGAACUCGAAUCAGCGUUGCUCGGCUUGUCCGUCGGGGAAGCCUCUGCCCUCGGCACCAGCCCGAUGAACGAGGCAUUCGGAUGGUCCCGUGACACUGUAGCGGUCAAGAAGAAGCUGGCUCAGUCAUCCGGUGCCUAUCUGCCCGGUCGCAGGGUUCAGGCCAUCGGAUAUGAGCAGUCUCUGGCUAUCCAGUCGGCUGCUCUGCAAGCGGAGCGGGACCGGGAGCGAAGGUUCGAGGAGCCGCGCAUGAAAGCUGCAGCUGCGCCCCGCGAGAAGCCUUCAUUAGGUGUGCCAAGCGGUGCAGCUCACAGGCUCGGGCGCAAGUCCAUCUCGUCGUGCUCUGGCUCCAUGCGCAAGAACUCUGCCUCUCACUCGGUCUCACCACCCAAGACGAUGCGUGCAGGCGGUCCAUUUGCUCGCAACGCGGAUCAAGGACCAGAGCACGAUGCCGCUCUGGAAGGCGGAGAUAGUGAUCAGGACGACGCUGGUCUAUACGACAUGCCCGACGAGGAGGAAGAGGAGGAUCCGCAUCCAGGUCCGCGUCACGAAGACGAAGACUUUGGCUUUGGUCGUUUCGACGAUCCCUAG